GCACACAGCCAUUGAAUGUGCAUGAGACAGAAGAAUGGACAAAACAAGUUUAUUGGCGGAGGAUGUUUCUUUUCUGCAUGAGUUAUUUAUAAUUGCCAUUCGCUGUCUUGUUGGCUUGAAAUUUAGCUUUCUGGUUUAGUUACCCUGAAAAAGAUUCACUGAACGCAGGUUGUGAUCUCCAGUAUUGUUGCCCAUCAUGGCAGGAGGCAUCACAGAGACCGGGGAGCUCUACUCCCCAUAUGUGGGCUUGGUAUACAUGUUUAAUCUGAUCGUGGGCACGGGGGCACUGACGAUGCCCAAGGCCUUUGCCCAAGCAGGUUGGGCGGUCAGCCUGGCGCUCAUCUCCUUCCUGGCGUUUAUGAGUUACAUGACCACUACGUUUGUGAUUGAGGCCAUGGCAGCGGCCAACGCUCAGCUGUGCUGGAAGAGGAGGGAGCAGGAAGAGGUCCAAGACAGCGACUCCACUUCUGAUUAUUCGGAUGAUGAUAUCCGGGGACGAUCAGAGCCAGAGAUGAGGCCCAUUUUGUCAGGCCAGCGAACAGGAGGAGGACACGUUGAUCACUUUGACAUUGUGGAGAGGGUAGAGAUGGGUCAAAUGGCCUCCAUGUUCUUCAACAAAGUUGGUGUCAACAUGUUCUACAUCUGCAUGGUAGUCUACCUGUAUGGAGACCUGGCCAUCUAUGCUGCUGCUGUGCCCAUAUCACUAAUGGAAGUAGCCUGUGGUAACCACUCAUGCAGUGCUGGCAGUGUGAAAUACGACGACACCGACUUGUGCUGGGGGCCUGUCACCAGGAAAGACGCCUACAAGGUGUUUCUGAGCAUCUUCACUGUGAUGUUGGGCCCUUUCGUCUUCUUCGAUGCUCAGAAGACUAAAUACCUCCAGAUCCUCACCUCACUCAUGCGCUGGAUCGCAUUCACCAUGAUGAUUAUCCUGGCUCUGAUCCGUAUUGGUAAAGGCCGGGGCGAAGGCCACCCCCGUAUGGCCCAGAUCUCUGGGGUUCCAAACCUGUUUGGAGUGUGUGUCUACUCCUUCAUGUGCCAGCACUCUCUGCCCUCCCUGGUGACACCCAUCUCUGAUAAGAGGCAUGUGGGUACCCUGGUGGUGUGUGACUAUGUCCUCAUCCUUGGCUUCUACGGCCUGCUCUCCUUCACAGCCAUCUUCUGCUUCGACAGCUCGCUGCUACACGACAUGUACACCCUCAACUUCACUGACAACUGUGACGUGCUGGACAUCCCCGCUUUGCGCUACUUCCUGGGCCUCUUCCCUGUCUUCACCAUCAGCACCAACUUCCCCAUCAUCGCAGUCACGCUGCGCAACAACUGGAAGACCCUCUUCCACCGCGACGGGGGCACCUACCCCUGGGUGGUUGACCGCAUCGUCUUCCCCCUCAUCACCCUGGUUCCGCCCAUCAUCGUGGCCUUCUGCACCCACAACCUGGAGUCCCUGGUGGGUAUCACGGGCGCCUACGCUGGCACGGGCAUCCAGUACGUCAUCCCCGCCCUACUGGUGUACUACGGCCGGCGCCACCUGGUGCCUAUGCUGGGCACGGACGAGGUCAACAAGCACCGGUCCCCAUUCCGCCACACCUUCUGGGUGUGGUUCGUAGUGGUGUGGGCUACCUUCUGCCUCAUGUUUGUCACAGCCAACAUCAUCCUGGAGGACACCAAGAAAUGAGGACACGGACUGACUGUGAAAGACCGGUUUCUCUGUGUGGGUGUCUUGUAUUUCUACAUUCUCUCUACCUGAGGCCUUCCAGAACUUGGUACUGGUCGGACGGUGUGCCUUUUUAUGCUGCUCUUGUAGCAUGGGAAACCCUUUUAAUUACAGCGGUAAUCAGCAGCUGAAACCAUUAUAAAGUGUCCUCCCCACCCCUGUGUCAGUACAAAGGAUGGGACUGGAGAAAUGUAACCAUUAUAAAGUGUCCUCCCCACCCCUGUGUCAGUACAAAGGAUGGGACUGGAGAAAUGUAACCAUUAUAAAGUGUCCUCCCCAUCCCUGUGUCAGUAAAAAGCUUGAGGAUGGGACAAAUUCAUAGACCGAGCUAUGCAUGCAAGGACUAGCUAUCCAUGAUAUCAAAAUUAUAGUUUUAACAAUGUUUUAAAGCUAUAUAGUGUUUAUUUACAUUUACUUUGUUUACAAACAGUCCCUGUUUCGGUAAAAAGGUUGGGGCUGGAGAUGUAAACCAUUAUCAAAUUCAUAGAUCAAGCUAUGCAUACAAGGACCAGCCUUCCAUGAUUUCACAAUUAUAAUUUUAAACAUGUUUUUAGGCUAUAUAGUGUUUAUUUACAUUUACUUUGUUUACAACAUUGGAGUACAACAAGCUUAUAUUAUAGGUACUGAUCAGAUUUGAGAGUUGAACUAAGCGGAUGAGGCAUUUUUAAGUUAUAUUCUUCAAGAAUCAAUGAGCACAUUUAUUAAUUAUAUCAACUGCAGAUCACCCCUUUUAAGAGUAAUCUAUACUAUUUGUGGAAAGGGACCAAAUAUCUCGUGAUUGUAUGAAAGCUGCUACCGUAUGUAGGAACACAAGGAAGAGGACCUUGUUCACUCUGUUCCAGUGUCCCCCUGUAGAAAAAUACAAGCUGAACAAUCAGACUGUAUUAGCAAGGCAUUGUACUACACAACAGCACUGCUUUUAAGCAUAUACAAAGAGCUGGUCAACUUGUUUCCAAAUGCUUAAUUUUAAAUCCAAAAUAACUGAAGGAAGGAUAGAGCAGGGAGGUGUCAGUGUUCCUCUGGACCUUCAGAAACAGUGUUGUGGCUAAAGACAGAAUAUGCUGAAACUAUGGAGAGAGCUCAGUGGAGGAAAAAUUUAACCUGACAACUAACUCAAUGCUUCUGUUCCUAAUGGCAAUGCAGAGAGACUUUAAUGUGGGUUUAAAGUUUAUUUGGGAUGGUGAAGAAAGCAAGCUAAAUGAAUCUGUUGUAAUCAGUUUAUUAUGGCUGGCAUUUAUACAUUCCUCACUGGUGGCUUUGCCUUAGUUCUCCUCGUCUUCCCUGUGAACAAUGAACCUUUGUCCAUGACAGAUCCCUGACAGAUGGGCCUGAUGACAGAGCUCCGUCUCUGGUCAUCAGGAGGCCAAUCUUGAGUUCAAACUCUGUAUACAAACCACCCUCAUGUUUUACUGUUCACCACCAAAUCAUCAGCCCUUCAUCAACUCCAUGUCAGCACCCGACUGCUCUCUGUUGAACUUUGACCCCAGAAAGUUAUCAAUGGACACAGGAAGGUUUAUGUUGGCUACAUCACCAGGAGCAAACUCGUACAGUGCCUACUGUGCCACACAAAGACACCGCUACAGUAGUCCCAGUAUAUCUCUUUUUGCAAUCACUGUUGGUUAAGGUCUUGUAAGUAAGCAUUUCACGGUAAAGUCUACACUUGUUGUAUUCGGCGCAUAAGGCAAAUAAAGUUUGAUUUGAUUAUAACCAUCUGUCUCGUGCUCGCUCGUAACGAGAACUUCUCAGCUGGCUGAUUUGUUGCCAGCUCUUUACUUGAGGUUUUAUUACAGUUUCCUGGUAGCUCAGUUUGAUCGACUAAUUAGAAUUUACUUCCAGAUGUGUGGGAACAUCCUCUUCGCCCCGAGCUCUGCUCAUGCUAAUGUCCACAUUAUACGCUUCUGCCUCCUCAUUGUCAUGUCCUCUGGUUCUAUAUAUCUAUAUAUAUAUAUCUCUGCUCUAUAGAAUAUAUAUUAUGUCCCAUUAUAGUCAUCAAGUUUGGAGCCCAACUACAGGAGUCAUACCUUUGUGAAACAGUAUUGUUGUUGGGGGAUGUAAAAUCAUGUUUUGUGGUGUAGGGUUCCAUAUUACAUGGUCACAUUUAGAAUAGUGGUUUUCUUUUACUAUGUAAGUGCUAAAGUAAUAGCUCAAAUGUAUCGUUAGCUGCCUGUCAUGAGCACUCACCUGGUCAAAAAGGGAAAUACUUAUUGCCAUUCAUGGUUUGCACCUGCAACAUUGCACAAGUUUGCACAUAAUUGCCUUGGGUUUGACCUUUUGUGUGUUUUACAUAGACUUUUGCAAAUGGUUUGAAGAUGUUGUAAGGGUUGAUAACUAUGGUAUUUAUCUAACAGUCUUCAAUGGUAUUCUUAACCCAUCAAUAUAUACAGCUUGACACUAUUUAAAAUGCAUUAGACUAAUAGUCAUGCAUUGUAGCAUAUUGAUGGCAGGACAGUAUUGUUGAGGACUAUUGAAUGAGAGACAUCUGCAUGUUGUUGGUAUUGUGUGUGUUGGGACAGAAAAAGAGUGCUGACUAUUUCUGUAACACUGCUUCUCUCAAUAUUGGGUUCCUUUCUUCAAUCUUGGGUUCCUUCUGGUAAUUGUUGUUAACAUUACAUUUCUGCAUGCAGCUCCUUCCAAAAUUCAGUAGUCAGUUGUUCCUUUAAGCCUCCAGAUUGUGGUGGAUAGUUACUCCUCUUCUUAUUUGUCCUCGUCUUCUUUUCAAUACAGAUGUGCAAUAUGCUUUGAACUGGGUUGGGGAAGUAAGAUUUCAAGCGAAUAUUGACUGUUUCUGAGAGUGUUUGUCUGUGUGUGUAUUCUUCUGUGUCAGUUUAUGUCACUUUGAAAAGAUUUUAAAUGCGUGUGUCUGACUCUUCUUUGGAGUUGUGAAAUGUGCCUUUUUCCCCGGGGUUUUUGUUUCCAUUCAUUUGUUGACUGUUGUUGUUCCUGGCACGUCCUUGUUUUAAGCAUCUUGUCAGAUAAGAGCUGCAUGUAAGCCAGUUAAAUUAACUGACAACCAAUGUCUCCUCAAAAUAAACUGGGAUAUCCUUGUCUUCUAAAGUG